UUUUCAUACAACAGUCCCAGCAUCUAGUCUGGCAAGUCCUUCGUUAGAUAAGGAGUCUACAAUUAAACUUAAUUGUUAAACGUUAAUCGUAAAUGCUGAUUUGACCACCUUAAACGGGCGGGUUAAAUCUAGAAUGUCAAUUCGCCUGUAUUCACACCUACAAGCCUCAUCUGAGGAUAUGCAGUCUCACCAAGAAACGUCAUUUUAUUAAACGCUUUCCUCGUGGAUUUGUUAUCAGCCGCCGAAAAUUAAUUGCACUCUGUAUGUGUGUGUGGUCGACGCGUCUCGCUUGUUAACGGUAUCCAAUCCAUUGUCGGGAGAGCCACUGAAAAAGGGAGACGUGCUCCCUUCAAAAGCCCAACGGUGCUGCUCGGGGAGUAGGCUGACCAUUCGAGAUGGGGUUCUUAGUAAUGCUCCUGUUCCUUUGGGGACAGGUCUUCAGGGUAGCGACUUCGGAUCAAUCGCUCCAGAAUCGGAGCCACGUACAAUACUACGACUAUCCCGAGGAGAUUAAUUGCUCGCCGACUGGCCUUAUGGUGCGGAUUCGGAAUGAUUCCUUUCAAGGAAUGUCCGUUAGACUCUCAAUCGUGGAUGACUUUGGUGAGCCAAGGGACCUGCAGUCACUGUAUCACCGUUGUACCUUUGAAACUAUUCCAGAAGCAAAUGGGUCCUUGCUCUUCAUUACUCCGUAUGAUGGCUGCUUUGUAAAUGUAGUGAAUAACAUAGUGAGCAUGGAACUGCGGAUCGAUGGGAUUGAUGAAUCAAAGAGGAUCACCGUUAUAGAACGCAUCCCAGUUAACUGCUCUUUGCCAGCUAAACUGACUCCAGUGACUGCCCAGUCAAUCACAGAGGAGAAACAGCCAAUCAAUGACACUGUUUCUGCCAAUGUGAAGCCGGUCAAACCCACCACCGCUCCCAGACCCGUCACCCAGGCGCCCAUGAGGCCAGACAAGGGCACCACUGCUCCCGGACCCGUCACCCAGGCUUCCGUGAGGCCGGACAAGGGCACCACCGCUCCCGGACCCGUCACCCAGGCUUCCGUGAGGCCGGACAAGGGCACCACCGCUCCCAGACCUGUCACCCAGGCUUCCGUGAGGCCGGACAAGGGCACCACCGCUCCCGGACCCGUCACCCAGGCUUCCGUGAGGCCGGACAAGGGCACCACCGCUCCCGGACCCGUCACCCAGGCUUCCGUGAGGCCGGACAAGGGCACCAACACUCCCAGAACUGUCACCCAGGCUUCCGUGAGGCCGGACAAGGGCACCACUGCUCCUGGACCCGUCACCCAGGCUUCCGUGAGGCCGGACAAGGGCACCACCGCUCCCGGACCCGUCACCCAGGCUUCCGUGAGGCCGGACAAGGGCACCACUGCUCCCGGACCCGUCACCCAGGCUUCCGUGAGGCCGGACAAGGGCACCACUGCUCCCGGACCCGUCACCCAGGCUUCCGUGAGGCCGGAGAAGGGCACCACUGCUCCCGGACCCGUCACCCAGGCUUCCGUGAGGCCGGACAAGGGCACCACUGCUCCCGGACCCGUCACCCAGGCUUCCGUGAGGCCGGACAAGGGCACCACCGCUCCCGGACCCGUCACCCAGGCUUCCGUGAGGCCGGACAAGGGCACCACCGCUCCCGGACCCGUCACCCAGGCUUCCGUGAGGCCGGACAAGGGCACCACCGCUCCCGGACCCGUCACCCAGGCUUCCGUGAGGCCGGACAAGGGCACCACCGCUCCGGGACCCGUCACCCAGGCUUCCGUGAGGCCGGACAAGGGCACCACUGCUCCCGGACCCGUCACCCAGGCUUCCGUGAGGCCGGACAAGGGCACCACUGCUCCUGGACCUGUCACCCGGGAGUCUGUGAGGCCGGACAAGGGCACCACCACUUCUGGACCUGUCACCCAGGCUCCCGCGAGGCCGGACAAGGGCACCACCGCUCCCGGACCCGUCACCCAGGCUUCCGUGAGGCCGGACAAGGGCACCACCGCUCCCGGACCCGUCACCCAGGCUCCUGCGAGGCCGGACAAGGGCACCACCGCUCCUGGACCUGUCACCCAGGCUCCCGCGAGGCCGGACAAGGGCACCACCGCUCCCAGACCCGUCACCCAGGCUCCCGUGAGGCCGGACAAGGGCACCACCGCUCCCGGACCCGUCACCCAGCCGGCCAAACCCACCACCGCUCCCGGACCCGUCACCCAGGUGCCCAGGAAACUAGAAAAAGCAACGACGGCUCCUGGACCCAUCACCCAGGUACCUGUGAAGUCGGACAAACCCUCCACAGCUUCUGGACCUGUCAGUCAGGCACCCCUGAAACCGGCCAAAUGUACCACCACACCCAGACCUGUCACUCAGCCAGCCAAAGCCAGCACAGCUCCUGGACCAGUCAGUCAGGCGCCCGUGAAGCUGGCUGAAGUCACAACAGCUCCUGGACCUGACACCCAGGCACCAGUGAAGCCAGACAAAGGCACCACCGCUCCUGGACCAGUCACCCAGGCACCUGUUAAACCGGCAAAACCCAUGACCACUCCUGACCCUGUCAGUGAGGCGCCCGUGAAGCCAGCCAAACCCACAACCGCUCCCGGACCUGUCACCCAGGCAUGUGUGAAGCCAGACAAAGACACAAUGGUUCCUGGACCCGUCAGUCAGGCACCCGUGAAGUCAGCCAAACCCACCACCGCUCCCAGACCAGUCAGCCAGGUGCCUGCGAAGCCGGCCAAAGAUACCACCACACCCGGACCUGUCACUCAGCCGGCCAAACCCAGCACUGCUCCCGGACCCAUCACACCAGCACCUGUGAAGCCAGCCAACGCCACUCUCCCAAACCAAAGAUCUGUUGAAGACAGAACGCCGUUCUGCGCUGUCCCUGCAGAGGAUCGUGUGUGCUGUGCUGAUAUCCCAUUGGGUGAGAAGGCAUGUAAAGCUAAAGGAUGCUGUUACGAUCCAGAUAACAAGGAAACCCCUUGCUUUUAUGGAAAAACUGCUUACAUUGAUUGCACAAGCAAAGGACUAUUUACAAUUGUAGUCCCCAAGGUUGCCACAGUGCCCUCCCUUGAGCUGGACUCUGUCAUCCUGGUGAACAGCACAGGUUCUGAGUGUGUCCCUGUAAUCAGGACAGCUGAAUUUGUUGUCUUCAGCUUUCCACUUAAUGCCUGUGGGAGUGUGCAAACAGUGGCUGGGCCGAACGUAACUUACCAAGUGGAUGUGGCGUCUCACAGGAGAACCCUGAAAGGUGCUCGUGGCUCCAUAACCAGGGACAGUACUUUCAGGUUGCGUGUGAGAUGCUUCUUCAGCAGUAACAGGGACACUUCCUUAACGCUGAGGGUGAGCACUCCUUCGCCUCCAUCUCCUGUGAUGGGUGAUGGCAUCCUUAAUUUAGAAAUGAGGAUAGCUAAAGACCAGUCCUACAGUGCUUGGUUUGUCGAUGGAGACUACCCACUGGUGAAAUAUCUCAGAGAGCCAGUGUAUGUGGAAGUCCGUCUUCUCCACAGACUGGAUGCCAAUAUCGCAUUAGUGCUGCACGACUGUUGGGCAACUCAAACACAAGACCCUCAUCUUGGCAAACAAUGGAGCAUUCUUGUGAAUGGGUGUCCAUUUUAUGGGGACAACUAUCUGACCCAGCUGCAUGUGGUCAAUGCAACCUCCAGUGUGCCAUUCCCAACACAUCACAAACGGUUUGAAGUGAAAACAUUCCAGUUUUGGAAUCGGAAGGCUCAAGCGUUUUUGAGUGGCAAGGUUUACUUCCACUGUAGUGCAACCGUGUGCCCCUCAUCUGAUAUGGAGUGUGUUACAACUUGCAAUGCUGGGAGAAGAAUGAUCAGAAAUUCAGAUGUUCGUGGGUCUAUUGAAGCCCUCGACCAAGGACUGGUGACACUGGAAAGACCCAUAAUCUUCACUCCUGAGGAAAGUGAUGUUGCAGACUCUUACCAGGAAAAUAAGCCUGUAGAUGACAGCAUCCUGCUUGCAGCAGCUGUGACAUUGCUUGUAUUGUCCUUGAUAACUGGACUUGCUGUGUGUUGGAAUUGUAAACAACUCCACAAAUCGUAGUUUAAUUGGAGCUUGUGUUCUAAUAUGCAAGUUGAGGCUCUUCAGUUCCUAAAUAUGGUGUUGCUUUCUUCACAAUGGACAGACACUGCCUUGACUGGCUUUGCCAAGAUCAAAUGCCAGUGCUAACUUGUUCUGUAACUACAAGGUGAUAUCCUCUGGGACUUGUACAUUUUAUAUUGUUAUCUAAGAAGUAUACUUUUGGUAUUUUGGAUUUGUGUUUACUGUGUUACCAAGAACAAAUAAAUU